GGCCCAAUCCCCUCCGUCCCCUCGCCUCCCCCACACGAAUCCACCCACCCCGCUCCACCGCCGCCGCCGCCGCCGCCGCCGCCGCGAUGUUCGCCGGCGAGGCGUCGGAGCUCCAGGCGCGGCUGGCCGCGGCCGUGCACGCGCUCAACCACGACGCGAACCCCGCGGCGCGCCUCGCCGCCAACCAGUGGCUCCUCGCGCUGCAGCGCUCUCCCCAGGGGUGGGCGGUGGCCACCGCCCUCCUGGCCGCCCCGGACCCGCCCCCGCCCGCCGACCUCCUCUUCUUCGCCGCGCAAAUGCUCCGCCGGAAGAUCCAGUCCCCCGGCCCCGCGCUCCCCGGGGCCGGCCUGGCGCCGCAGCUGCUUGACGCGCUACUCCACGCCGCGCAGCGGUUCUCCGCCGCCCCGGCCCCGCGCCAGCUGCUCACGCAGAUCUGCCUGGCCCUCUCCGCGCUCGCGCUCCGCGCCGAGGGCGGCGUCGACGACCUUUUCGCGCGGAUGCCACUCCUGCCGGCGCCCGCCGUGCUGGAGCUGCUCACGGUGCUCCCGGAGGAGGCAGCGCAGGACCAGGGCGGCGACACGGGGGUCGACGCCGCCGCUCGGUGCCGGUUCACGCGCGAGGUGCUUGCCCACGCGCCCGCCGUUAUUGAGUUCCUCCACUCUCAGUCAGAGAAGGUGCCCGCCGACGACGACGGGGUGCCCCUCCACGAGCACAACCGCAGAAUCCUUCGGUGCCUACUGAGCUGGGUUCGGGUGGGAUGCUUCUCGGAGACGCCAGCCACCACGCUUGCCACACACCCACUUCUCACUUUCGCGUUCAACUCGCUGCAGGUGUCCUUUUCGUUUGAUGUGGCCAUAGAGGUUAUGACUGAGCUUGUCAGCCAGCACCAAGAGUUACCUGAGGCCUUUCUAAGUAAAAUGCCUUAUAUAAGGGAAGUUCUUCUUCUACCAGCUCUAGCCAACAGAAGUGAGAAGAUCAUUGCUGGUCUUGCGUGUUUGAUGUGUGAAGUUGGCCAGGCAGCACCUGCUUUGGUUGCAGAAGGGGGUAGCCAAGCACUUGCUCUCGCCGAUGCACUUUUGAGAUGUGUAGCUUUUACGAGUGACGAUUGGGAAAUUGCAGAUUCAACCUUGCAAUUUUGGUGCACUUUGGCACAUUUUAUUCUUGGUAUUGAUGUGAAGACAGCCAAAAGAAAUGCGGCACAAGAGUUGUUUUUGCCUGUGUUUUCUUCACUGCUAGAUGCUCUUUUAUUUCGUGCUCAGAUUGACACUGAUGAGCGUGGCACUGAUGGAGCAACUUGUAUGCCUGAUGGACUAGCACAGUUCAGAAUGAAUUUGGAGGAGCUUCUUGUAGAUAUUUGUUUGCUUCUAGGUGCCCCUGCAUAUAUAAACAAGCUCUUUUCUCAUGGAUGGGACUUCUCAAGCCAAUCAGUUCCUUGGAAGGAGGUAGAAGUUAGGAUGUAUGCACUUAGCAUGGUUGCUGAUACAAUUUUACAAGAUGAAAGCUCCUUCGAUUUUUCAAUGAUAAUGCAUUUUGUGAACAUUCUGUCCAGCAGAACUCCAGUUGAACUGGAUGGAAGUCUGUUCUUGGUAUACAAAUCAUUUGGCGAUGUCAUUGGUUCUUACUCAAAGUGGCUAUCGUCUUGCCAAAGUAACAUUAAACCUUUACUCCUAUUUUGCGCAUCAGGAAUUUCACAAUCUGUAUCAUCAAAUGCUUGCUCCUUAGCCUUGCGCAAACUUUGUGAGGAUGCUUCUUCAUUCAUCCACGAACCUCAGAACCUUGAAAUUCUUUUCUGGAUUAGUGAGGGCAUGGAUAAAGGGAACCUGCGGCUAGAGGAUGAGGAAGAGAUAGUUAGUGCAAUUACGCAUGUUUUGAGUUCUGUUCGUGAUAAAGAGUUGAGGAAAAGUUGGCUGGCUAGGUUACUUUAUUCCAGCUACUCAGCAGUGGAAAAGAUUAUUGACAUAGACAGAGAUCACUCACUAAGGCAAAAUCCAGCUACUUAUACACAAUCCUUGGACCUUGCUGUCCGUGGUCUUUACAGAAUGAGUGCUCUCUUUGGUCAUUUGUCUACGGCAAUAACAUCUGGUCUGGUCGACGAUGAUAUAAUUUUAUGUCUUCUUGGAAUAUUUUGGCCACUUCUUGAAAAACUUUUCCGAUCAUCUCAUAUGGAGAAUGCUAGUUUAUCUGCAGCUGUAUGCCGUUCUCUUUCUUCAGCUAUACAUUCUUGUGGACAGCACUUUCAUAUCUUGUUACCUAAAGUUCUGGAGUGCUUAUCUACAAAUUUCUUACUGUUUCAAAGGCAUGACUGCUUCUUGAGAACAGCUGCCAACGUUAUUGAAGAAUUUGGUCACAAGGAAGAAUAUGGGGCUUUGUGUGUUAGGACUUUUGAAACUCUUAGCUCUGCGUCCUCAAUAUCAACUCUUAAUUCUUCUUAUACGUGUGAUCAAGAACCAGAUCUAGUUGAAGCAUAUACCUACUUUACAUCUAUGUUUAUCCGCUGCUGUCCAAAGGAAGCUAUUGUUGCAUCUAGCUCGCUGCUUGAGCUAUCAUUUCAAAAGGCAGCUAUAUGUUCUACAGCAAUGCACCGAGGAGCAGCACUUGCAUCAAUGUCAUAUAUAUCAUGUUUUCUUGAGGUUGUUCUUGCUGCUGUGCUAGAAUCUCCAGAGUGCAUCCCUGACGGAUCACCUGGUGUGGUCCUAAUUCAAAUCUUGGCACGCUGUGGUGAAGGUUUAUUGUCUAAUGUACUUUAUGCUCUACUUGGUGUAUCGGCUUUAUCAAGGGUGCAUAAAUCUGCCACAAUAUUGCAACAACUGGCUGCAAUGUGCAGUUUCUGUGAGAGAACGACAUGGAAGGCUGUUCUUAGUUGGAGUUCUCUUUGUGGGUGGCUACAAUCAACGGUGAAGUCAUUGCCCUCAGAGUAUCUAAAGCAAGGGGAAGCUGAAAUGAUAAUUCCGCAGUGGCUGAAGGUGCUUGAGGAUGCAGGUUCUGACUAUCUUCACAGGACUGGUGAUAAUAUCAGAAAUCAUCAAGGAUACAUGCAAGGGAAGGGUGGUAGAACACUUAAACGCAUAAUCAGGGAUUUUGUGGAAAGCCAUCGAAAUGCCCCAACCCCCUGCCCUUCAUGAUAUGCGGAUGAAACUGAUUUCAUCAGUCCUGAUAGUGGAGUGCGCGGUCCGUGUUGAUCCUAGGGUUUGACCUCCAUAUACAAAUCUUUAAGUCGGAAAAUGGGCUACUUGCUUGUUCCAAUGACCUGGUUUGGACUUUGGGGUUUUGUCUUCCUCUGUAUAGCAAGUCACCAAAGGGCAAAAGUGGAGCAAGUUGUCAAACCAGCCUACUCGGAAUGAACCGGGAACCCCAUGGGCCAAUGUGUUCAAUGGUCCUUUUCAAGGUUGGAAGUCCAAAGUUUUGCUUCUCCAUGGGCCAUGAGGGGUAUACUGGAACAUUUGGGUAUACUGGAUGCUUUGAGAGAAGACGGAGAGGUGAAUGCAAUAACUGUAUAUAUCAUUCUUUUGCGAUUAGCAAUGUACAAAACAUUCUUCUUUGUUCAUACUCAACUUUUGAGCUCACAUGGGCAAAGUUAAUUUCAAAUGUAUAUAUCUGUUACUUCAUCGGC